ACUCCAUAUUUCAAUUCUAAACUAAUAUUUUUAAAGAUGAUGAAGUCGCACACUAAUUUUCUAUUGUUUGCUACUCUACUGGUUGUUGUUCUUAUUGGAGCUCUAGAUUUUAAGGUUUGCAGUGGAGCUCUGCAUGAAGCAUCUUUGAAUCUGAAGUUUUACAAGCAUACUUGUCCUAAAGCAGCGCAGAUUAUAAAAACUGUUGUGGAUGAGCAUGCAAAGGCUAACCCUUUUUUGGGUGCAAUGCUACUUAGAAUCCACUACCAUGAUUGCUUUGUUCGGGGAUGUGAUGCGUCACUAUUGCUGGAUCCAUCAAGCAAAACUAAGCCAGUAGAGAAACAAGCUAGACCUAAUCUAUCUGUACUGGGAUUCGAUGUCAUCGAUGAUAUCAAAACUCAAGUAGAAAAGGCCUGUCCCCAGAUUGUUUCAUGUGCUGAUAUCGUCGCAUUAGCUACCCGUGAUGCUGUGUCAUUCCAAUUCAAAAGACCUUUGUGGAAGGUACCCUUAGGAAGAAGAGAUGGAAGGAUUUCACUUGCUUCUGAAGUGUCACUCAAUUUGCCUUCUGCUUCAUCAAAUUUCAGUACCCUUUUUAAUCUCUUUAGUCGCAAAGGUCUCAGCAAUCUUAAAGAUCUUGUUGCUUUGUCAGGUGCUCAUACUGUUGGAAUCGCACAUUGCGGUGUGAUAUCAAGAAGGCUCUUCAACUUUACAGGGAAAGGUGAUACAGAUCCAUCUCUCAAUCCAAUUUACGCGAAAUCCUUGAAAGCACAGUGUUCCAACCACAACAACAUAAUAGAGAUGGAUCCUAGAAGCUCGACAAACUUCGAUAACCAUUAUUAUAAGAAUCUCUUGGAAAAGAAGGGUUUGUUUAACUCCGAUGCAUCACUUCUUACUGACAGAUCUUCAGCUAAGCUAGUGAAUCAUUUUCAAGUUGGUGACAAAUUUUUACUCGAGUUUGCUAAAUCAAUGAAGAGGAUGGGAGCUAUGGAUGUACUCACUGGAAAACAAGGAGAGGUUAGGAAGAAGUGUCACCUACGGAAUUGAUUAAUGAGUUGUAAAAGAGUUGUAAAAUUAAGUUGUCUGUCAAGAUUUAAAGUUCUUGUGCAUUUUGUA